CUUUUAUCUUGUAUUCCUGUAGAAUUCGAAUCAUGGCUGACGCAUUAAAGAAUGUUAUUGCUCAGAGUCUGGAGUGUCCUGUAUGUCUGAACACCUUCAACGAUCCCAAGAUCCUGUCUUGCUCUCACACCUACUGCAAGGCCUGUCUGGACAACCUCUUAAAAUGCCAUGGUAGCCACGAGAUGCUCCGAUGCCCUGUCUGCAGAGCUGAAACGCAGGUCCCAAACCAAGAAGUAAGCAGAUUACCGGCAAGUCUAGCUUUAAAGUCUCUCAUAGAGGACAUGAAGGAUCAUUAUCAGUUUUGCACGAAUUGUAAAUCCGAGGACAAGCCCCAAGCUGUUGUCUACUGUCAAGACUGUGGCAAGUAUUUAUGUAGCACUUGUCACAACAAACACUCUCAGUGGCCAGACUUCAUCGGUCAUGAGGUCUUAGCCAUGAGUGAGAUUGUAUCAGGGAAAGUGUCAGUACGUAUAUACCGAAAAUGCAAGAAACACCCCAAAGAGGAUGAGGAGUGGUUCUGUUCCGACUGCAGGAGAUUUGCCUGCUUCAAGUGUGUUGUCAUGGAGCAUACAAACGAAGGGCAUCGGGUCAUCGAGACAGCUGUUUAUGAAAGCAGCCACAUAAAGAGUAUCGAGGACCUCAAAUCCAAGGCGGACAAGAAACGCUCUUGCUUUCAGAAAUACGUUGAUUUCAUCGACGAACAGAAGGAGCGUGUGAACAAUGUUCAGAAGCAGUGUACAGAUGAUAUCAACAAAGCAUAUAAAGAAUCAGUCCAACAGUUAAGAGAGAGGAAAGACAUCCUCAUUGGUGAAGUCAAGGGUAGGACCGAAGGAGUAGAGAAAGAACUGGACAAAAUGAAGAAAUCGGUUGUGGAGCACAUUACUCACUUGACCACCAUAGCUGACGUGGUAACCAAUAGGACAAAGAUACCGUCAGAUAUGGAUGCUUUGGCUGCACACGACACUCUAUGUCAGGACUUACAAGAGGCCUUAAAACAAGAAGAUCCUAACUACAAGCAGCCGAGGCAAUCGAGCAGGAAAGGAAAAUGUGUCAGUUUUAAGAGGAACGUUGGAAUGGACGUGCUAGCUCUCGGUAGAAUCGUAAAUGCAGUUGCAAAGAACAUCGCUUUGCCUACUAAGAAUAACAUGAUUGCCUUGGUUAGUACACCAGACGGUAGGAUGGCAGUGGCCGGAUGUAACCCAGGUGGCGUGGAGAUCUUCUCUGCUGAUGGUCAUCACAAGAAGAAAAUUUUCAAGGAUAUUAAGAUUCGUGGAGUAGGGUUCCUCUCUGAUGAUCGGUAUGUUUUACUUGAUCGCUCAAACAAUAUCACACUGUACACACAAGGGUACACAAAGUUCAAUGUAAUGUUUGAGACACUGAGUGACAAUGAAGGUGGAAUUGCUAGCCUCACUGUAGACAGUAAUGAUCAGAUAUAUGUUAGCUACUGGAACGCUCGGAAGAUCCAGGUAUUCUCACCAGCAGGUGGGAAGGCGAUCAGGGAGAUAUCAUGUAAUGGGUAUUUACCUUGGCAGAUUACUAGUUAUAAUACUUACAUAAUCGUCGCAUCUGGUAAUACAAAUACAAUCCGAUUGAUUGACAAACAAGGUGUUGUAAAAUAUAAGUUAACUAAAUCAGGGGACGAUCUAUAUCCUGCGGUGUCUCAAGGGAAUACAAUUAUGAUAGCCGCGUUGAAGCGCGAUGUAGAUUUGGUCAGCAUUGAUGAGUACACCAACGAGCUGAAGCAUAUCCAGAACCUCGUCACUGAUUACAAGAUUGAGAAGCCCGAGAUUAAGUGGUACCAUCUCCAGCAGUACCGAUCAGGAGAGAUCGCUUUCUGUACUCGUGAUAGACUCUAUAUAUUCCACUAA